GAACUCUACAGCAACCCAUGGACACCUGUCAUUUUGCUUUCCCCUGCAUGUGAUACUUGUAUAGUUAUUCAGGCUUAUAGAGGGAUUACUACAGCAAGUCGAGUCUUCAGGGCAACAAUGAAGGUCAUAGAAGUGGAUCGAUGCCAGAUACAGGAGUGGUACCCGAAGUUCAAGUCAGUCUCCAUCCCAACCAUCAUUCACCAACUCCCGCAAUCAUUCAUCGAGUACCUGCUCGACUCAGGAACCUUGCAACUUCCUCUCUCCAUAUCAAAUGAAGACGCUCUGCCAAACAGAGUCCAAAACCCCAUCGACGAACUAGACUAUCAACUAAGAGAAGAAUCCUCCGACAACGAUGAGGAAUCAGAUCAAUCUGCAUCGUCACCCCCACCUUGUUUCCCAGACCUGGAACUCCAGAUCAAGAAUUCGAUCGAAGCACUAGGAGGUGCAGUUUUUCCUAAGCUGAACUGGAGUUCACCCAAGGAUGCAGCUUGGAUAAGCUCAUCGAGAAACCUCCGCUGUACUUCAUUCAGCGAGAUAGCACUCUUACUCAAGUCGUCCGAUUCCUUGGUCCACGAUCUAAGCCACGCCUAUGAUUCGUGCUGUGACAGAAAAGAAUUGACUAGGCCCUCGAGUUUCUACAUUGCUCUCCGGAAAUGGUACUCUUCAAUUUUGCCAGAGAGGGAAUUCCGGUGCUUUGUACGUGGUCAGUGGCUGGUGGGGAUCUCGCAGCGUGAGGUCACCACAUGCUAUCCUUUGAUUCUGGCAGAGAGGGGCGUAAUUCAGGAUCUGAUUGUGGGGUUCUUCGAGGAUCGGGUGAGGAUGAAGUUUGAGUCGGAUGAUUACACGUUUGAUGUGUACGUGACAAACGAUGGGCGGGUUAAGGUUUUGGAUUUUAACCCAUGGGCGGAGUUUACACUGCCUCUGCUGUUUACGUGGGAGGAAUUGGAAGGACUUGAUGGGGAGAAGGAGGAGGAUGUGGAGUUGAGGGUUGUGGAGAGUCGGUGUGGGAUUCGGCCUGGUUUGAAAACUGCUGUUCCACGAGAAUUUUUGGAGGUUGGCCCGGGGAGUGGAUGGGAGCAGGUGUUGAAGAAAGCAUUUGAGGAGUCGCAGCAGGAAGGGGCAUCAGAUGACGAUUGAGAGUUGUACUGUCAAAUGUCUACCAGCUUGAUAGGAUUUGGGAAUGUCAUCUUUUCUAGUCACCAAUGUGGUUGAAAUAGUUACCUAGGUGAAGAGGGUAGCAGCCGAGAAACCCAGUAGAAAGUUGGAGUGUCUGUGUAAAAUGACAACCUUGGCUUAAUCUUUCUGAGUGAUAUAUAAAAUUUGUCUUUUGUUGACAUUAUAUGCUUGAGCAGCUCCGAUUUCCUUCUCCAAUAACUGCUUAGAGGCUCCAGAAACUGCUAGGAAUGGAGUGGACCGGUUUAC